GGGUGUAGUUUCCGCUUCCGCUCUCUGUGCCGCAACGGUCAUGGCGGUCGGUCAGAGGCAGAACCGACUGGGGAUGCAGCAGGUUUUAGGGGCUUUUGUUCUCCUGCUUGUCUCGCUCUUUUCUGUGGCAGAGGGGACCGGGCGAACGCUCGUGCUUCUGGAGAACAUCAACAUGAAGGAGACGCACUCUAUGUUCUUCAAGAGCCUGGCAGAUCUUGGAUUUAACUUGACGUUCAAGAUUUCAGAUGAUCCUGGUUUAUCUCUGAUCAAAUAUGGAGAAUUUCUGUAUGAUCAUCUUGUCAUUUUUUCUCCAUCAGUGGAAGAUUUUGGAGGCAAUAUCAACAUUGACACUAUUGCCACGUUCAUUGAUGGAGGUGGAAAUGUACUGGUUGCUGCAAGCUCCGAUAUUGGGGACCCUUUACGUGAGUUGGGUAGUGAAUGUGGGAUUGAAUUUGAUGAGGAGAAAACGGCUGUUAUUGACCAUCAUAACUACGAUGUUUCUGAUCCUGGCCAGCACACACUGAUCAUUGCUGACAAUGAACAACUGUUGAAGGCUCCCACUGUUGUGGGGAAACAGCCAAAGAAUCCUCUUUUAUUUCAGGGAGUUGGUAUGGUGGCAGAUCCUGAUAACCCUCUUGUAUUGGAUAUUUUGACUGGAUCCUCUAGCUCUUACUCCUUCUUCCCAGACAAGCCUAUAACACAGUACCCACAUGGUGUGGGGAAGAACACCUUACUGAUUGCUGGACUCCAGGCCCGGAACAAUGCUCGUGUGGUCUUCAGUGGUUCUAUUGAUUUCUUCAGCGAUGCCUUCUUUAACUCUCCUGUACAAAAGGCUACUCCAGGAGCUGAAAGAUUCUCAAAAACUGGGAAUUAUGAGCUAGCUGUGGCCCUGUCUCGCUGGGUAUUCAAAGAGGAAGGAGUUCUCAGAGUUGGAGAGGUGUCCCACCACCCUGUUGGAGAAACCCAGCCACCAAAUGCCUACACCAUAACCGACCUAGUGGAGUACAGCAUUGUUAUUGAGAAGCUCUCCAAUGGGAAAUGGGUCCCAUUCGAUGGAGAUGACAUUCAGCUGGAGUUUGUUAGAAUUGACCCCUUUGUUAGAACUUACCUGAAGAGAAAAGAUGGUAAAUACAGCGUGCAGUUCAAACUACCUGAUGUUUACGGUGUGUUCCAGUUUAAAGUAGAUUACAACAGACUUGGAUACACUCAUCUUUACUCUUCCACCCAGGUGUCUGUUCGACCCCUCCAGCACACUCAGUAUGAGCGUUUUAUCCCAUCUGCCUACCCAUAUUAUGCCAGCACCUUCUCCAUGAUGGUUGGACUCUUCUUAUUUUCAGUGGUCUUCUUGCACAUGAAAGAAAAAGAGAAGGCAGAGUGAGCUCCGAUUGUGGUGUGCUGUGUUCUUGGCCUAAGUAAUGCUGAGAGUUUAAGUUGAUUUGAAUUGGUGAUAGAUGAGUGCAAAUUCUAGUAUUUUUUUAUACGGGCCGCAGUAAUUUCCUGACCCCAUACAUUCGAGGAUGCAACAAAACUGCAAGUGACAUUUGUCAUUGAUCCCUCCGUUGAUCAGAGGUUAGCCAUGUCCUGUAAGUUACAGAAAGUGGAGGUGUAACCAUGAUUUAAUUUUUAUUUUCUUCUUGGAAAUGAAUAAAGAGAAAAUCUAUUUAAAGUUGCUUGAGAAAGACACCUUCAUCUUCCACUCAUGAUAAAGUCCACUGUUUCCUUGGCUGGGUCAGAUGAAGGAAACUAUUAGACUUCGAUGGUGCUUCACUGAGUAAUAGCUCCAUGAGCACAAAAAACUGCAAGACUUUGCAUUUGCCUAUCACCGGUUCAAAUCAAAAGAGUCUGAGUAUUAACCACUUGGUUUCUCUUCAGAGAGAUCUGCCCUUUGGCCAAUAAGAGCUUACAUUGAGUUGGGAGAAAUUUAUUUUCAUCCAUCUAUUGUCAGUUGUUUAAUUUAAAAUGUUUCCUUCCAGUUUUCCAAUUACUGCACCCAAAUUGAUGUAACUUCUGUUUAAAAUUAUUUUUCCACACCAUUGGAAAUAAAGUGUAACAUUCCUUUU